AUGGAGGAGGAUAGACAACUAGGCAUGAGCGUGGGUGUUUUGCUACAUUUCGGGAUAAUAUUUGGUUUUUUCUUUUGGAUUUGCAUAGCGACGGUUAAACGACAUUCUUUUGUGCGCUUUUUGACUGCGACUCGAAUCGUUCCUGUUCUCGGGGACGCUUUUCGGACUUGCAAGAUCUGCAAAUUGAAUCGAGGAGAUGCUAACAGGACGUUUUGUCUAUGGGUGCUUCCAACACCGUCCGUUUUCGAGACAACAUCAGGUGCAUGUUCUUCGACCAGUGUUAUCUUUAGUCACACAGCAUUACCGUCGCCUUUCAGGAUCAUGGGAGAAUCAAUUCUGAAAUGGCGUGAACUUUCAAACGACAUCGUUGCAGAGAUGCACAGCUUAAGGCCUAAAGGAAGCUCGACGGCAACCCAAAUGAUCGCUGGCGCAUCCUCAUACAGUGUCAUAGUCAGAGCGCCGGUCUCACCACUUAGUAAAGAUGAGGAAAAGACAGCGCAACAUACAAGUGACAUCUUAAUUUUUGGGAUUCUUCAGGUAUCUGUAACUAGCACCAAACCACCAACAGCAAAGAUUCCAAUGACAGCAAAAUUUUGUUGGAAGGAUAUCUGUAGCUUUCCACUGACCUCACCCAUGUUACGUGCUGUGACUAACGUAUUUCACCACUCCUCGGGCAACACCAGUCCUCAGGCCGCCCUACUAAAACAUUGCGGUAUGAAUCCACUGAGAGGCAUAUGGGAGUUCGUGAGGACUCAGCCUCGUACAAAAGGAUAUCAGAAAACUACUGAGCUAGCUAAGGAGAGAGCAGAUACGAGGAAUCUUCGGAUAUAA